AUGCAGUCAGAUACCUCUGUCGACAUAUCAGUUGCUCCGCUGCGCAUCCGCAAGUUGGGUGACACAAGACAUCCCCGCCAGCAUGCAGAGCCGCCGAUCGAUCCGCCCACCCGGCCGCCGCGAUUCCACAACUACCUGAGAGCUGCAUAUCCAUUCCAGCCUACCUCAUCGCCGUCGCCGUCGACCGUCACACUACCUCUCAACUCAGGCGAUAUUCUCCUCAUACAUUCGAUACAUACUAAUGGAUGGGCCGAUGGAACAUUACUGGAGACGGGCGAGCGAGGGUGGCUGCCAACCAACUAUUGCGAGGCGUACGACUAUGCCGCCAUGCGCCCUCUGUUACGCGCCUUGACCGAGUUUUGGGACAUAAUGCGAUCGAACAAUGCUACUGGGUCAGCCAUCUUCCAGAACAAGGACUACAUGCGUGGUCUUGUAGCUGGUGUGCGGUAUUUGCUGGAGAAAUGUGAUUGCUUGACAAGGGAGUCUGCCAAUGUGCGCAAACACGACGGUAUUCGGCGGAUGCGGAAAGGCCUUUUAUCUGAUCUAUCUUUGCUUGUGAAGUCCGGAAAGCAACUCCAGACACUGUCGCCUGAAAGUGAAGCUCUCAUCGACACUUACCUGGACGAUCUGCUGCUCCAAGCUUUCAAGAUAGUGACCCGCGCCGUCAAGUUCUUCGACAUCUGGGGUGAAGAAAUUGCCUUCUCUCGCAGUCUAUCUGGUCUGGAUGAUCUUGGAGCUGAGAGUACGAGACUCGCUUCGCCUUCACCUCUGUCGCAGCUCUCGUCAGCCGCGAUCAAUCGACGCUCGUACCUCGCAAAUCAGUCACUUCAGCAGUCUCCCAGACCACAGAGCAAACGCAACUCUACAACGCAUCGCCUCAGCUACGCAUCCAAGGCAGAGCGCCUGCAUCUAGCUUCCGACCGUCUCAAUAAGUCCUACGAUGCAUUCCUGGGAGUUCUGGCGUCUUUCUUGGGUUCUCACAUGCAGUCAAGAUCAUCCUCGGAACUUCUCCUCACUACACAACAAGCCGUGAAGUCGUGUCGGCAGCUGCUGUCAAUCGUCGAACUCGUCAUUGAAAGAAAUCCCGACUCCUCAGAAACACUGAACCAAUCUAAGGAUUCCAUGUACGAUGCCAUAACCGAGCUCGUUCUGUCCGCCAAGCAAGUGUUUCUGCCCUUGCAUAAUCAGGACGACGAGCUGGUCUAUCGACCGGACGAGAACAGGCGACUCGUCCACGCUGCGACAAAUUGUGUGAGCGGGGCUGGUCGUUGUGUGGCUCGAACGAGAUCGGUACUCGAAGAGGCCGGCGACUUCGAACUCGACCCUUCACUGCUAGAUCGUGCAAGCUCCGAAUCAAGCAAGCAGCAGUCACCUACUCGGAGCACAUUUCCCGCCUCAGGAACCGUUCAGGGUCUACAGAUCGCCGGAGUGACGGCGGACAUUGACUCAGCACAAGCCCAGCAAACACUCCCCUGGCUGAAUAUUCCUGGUGAAGAAGAACAAGCUCGCGGUGACUCACCAUCUACAAUUAAUUCAAGCGUGCCACCAACGCCAGCAGAUGAGCAACUCGUCGUUCCGAUGAUGCCGUCUUCGAGUUCACAAACGACUCUUCAUUCGCCCAUUCAGCAUGACCGUCCUUUGUCGAACGAGUUUGCCAUCCCAGUUGGCCACUUACGACACAAAUCACUAAUCAGAAGCAUGAAGACGUCGAGUAAGAGCGCUUCGGAGUCGUCGCAGAACACGAAUGAACACAGCGAUAUGUCGACAGCUACGACCGCAGUCAUGUCUUCGCAAGCCAGCAGCUUGGGCCCAUUCUCAUCGCAAGAGUCUCUGGUCAAGAGUAAUGCUCCCGAAGACGAAGCUGAAGCAGUCCUGCUCGAGAAGACUUAUGCUCACGAACUAAUGUAUAAUCGCGAUGGACAGCUUGUCGGCGGCACCCUACAUGCUUUGGUGGAGCGACUCACCGCGCAUGACAGCACACCUGACGCAUUGUUUGUCUCGACAGUGUACCUCACCUUCAGAUUGUUUGCAAAGCCAGCCGAUUUCGUGGCUGCAUUGGUCUGGCGAUUCCGGUACGCUGGCGAUUCUCAACGAUUAGCUGGCCCAGUCAGACUGCGUGUUUACAAUGCACUCAAAGGCUGGCUCGAGACUCACUGGCGACAUGACUGUGAUGACAGCGCACUUCCGGCAAUCAUCGCUUUUGCCAGAGAAGACGUCGCGCCAGUGCUACCAACUGCGAGCAAGCGACUGGUAGAGCUAUCCGAUAUUGUCGCUUCAACGCAUGCUCCCGCUCUUCCACGCGUGCAGUCUGCUAUGGGCAGAACCAGUACUUCGACGUCGUCCUACAUCAACCCGGCAACGCCAAUGCCAAACCCUGUCAUUUCGAAAAGUCAACUGACGGCUCUUCGCACGUGGAAGAUGGGCGGCGCAGGUGUCACUAUACUCGAUUUCGACCCGCUGGAGCUGGCCCGCCAAAUCACGCUCAAGACUUCUGGGUUGUUCUGCUCGAUACUGCCUGAAGAGCUGCUGGCGAAUGAAUGGAUGAAGACAUCAAACUCCCUGGCAGUCAAUGUCCGAGCACUUUCGAGGUUAUCCACAGAUAUCUCGAACCUCGUAUCAGAGUCAGUGCUUCAGCUUGAGGAUGUCAAGAAGCGUGCAACCAUCAUCAAGCAAUGGAUUAAGAUCGCAAACAAGUGUGCUGAGCUGAACAACUACGAGUCUCUAUUUGCGAUCGUUGCCGCCCUCAAUUCGACCAACAUCACGCGCAUGCUCAAGACCUGGGAUCAGGUAUCACAGAAGACCAAGAACACACUUGAAGAGCUACGGAAGAUCACAAAUUUCGAACGGAACUUCUCAGCUUUUCGUGAUCGGCUUCAGAACUUGGUCCCUCCGUGCAUACCGUACGUUGGCAUGUACCUGACUGAUCUGACCUUCGUCGACCACGGCAACGCCGCCACAAGACAGCUCAAUGCGGCUAAUGGUCCUAUUGAGGUCAUCAAUCUCGACAAGCACAUGCGAACGGCCAAGCUCAUCUCUGAUCUCCAGCGCUUUCAGAUACCUUAUCGCUUCCAAGAAGUGAGCGAGCUCCAAACAUGGAUGCAGGAUCGCCUCAUUCAAGUCCGCAGCAACGACGAGAAGAACUACCAGAACCACUAUAGGCGAAGCUUGGUGUUGGAACCACGAGAGCAGAUGCCAAAAGCAAGUCCAAAUCCCGAAGCCGGCAGUGCUAGGGACAAAUUUGAUCUGCUCGCUUGGACUCACCUGAGCGGACUGAAUAAGAACAAGUCAGGUCCGGCAGUGGUCACGGCUCAAUAG